AUGGCUCUGAUCACGGGCGUCUCUUCCUUUGACGUCUUCGCUGCCGGUCACCUUCGCAUCGCUGAAGGCUUGUUCGCGACUUGCCGGUUCUUCGCUUUCGCGCCUAUUGUCGUCAUGCUGUGGGUGAUGGUCUCGCCGACAAAGUCGACUAACGAGGUUUUCGGGAAGUUCAGGGACUAUACCGGCACGUGGUCGAGUGUCGGGGUCUCUGUCCUAGCAGGUCAGGUGACCGGCAUCUUUGCGUGUGCACGGAGCGAUGCUCUUGCACAUCUUUCGGAAGAGGUGGAGGAUGCUGCUGUGGUUGUGCCUAGGUCGAUGGUUUGGACUUAUGCUUUGAGCUUUCCUUUCACGCUCAUCGUCCUGCUCACCUAUUGCUUCAAUAUCGGCUCUGUAGAAGAAGCUCUGCAGUCAACUCACCCUCUUGUCUACGUCCUCUGCAAUGCCCUCUCCGCCGCCGGCCCCACGACUGGCUUCGCCAUGAUCAUCCUCAUCCUCCUCGCCAUGAUCACCAUCAGCGCCCUGGCCUCCGCCUCCCGCCAAAUCUUCGCCUUCGCGUACGUCUUCCCCACCCCCAACAAAACCUCACCUCACUUCACUGACGCAAUGGUAGCCGCGACAACGGCCUUCCCUUCUCCCCUUGGCUCCGCCGGGUCGACCCUCGCUACCGCGUCCCCUCCAACUCUGUCCUCUCGCUGA